AUGGCGACGAACCAUUUCUCCUUCAAAGCCGGUAGGAUAAAUCUUUAUACCAUCACUUUAGUUACGAUUCUCUGCGCCGCCUUUUACCUCGUCGGCGUUUGGCAACAUUCCGUCGGAAAAUCCAUCGUCUUUUCUAACGGAAAUUACGCCUGUACCACCGUCGCCGCCACCCAGAAUUCCACUGCCGACGUCACCGUCGACCUUGAUUUCACAGCCCAUCACACCGCCUCCGAUCUUAAAGUCGUUACAAAAGUGCGUGAUAUUCAACUCCCACCGUGCGACGGGAAGUUUAGCGAAUACACCCCCUGCGAGGACCGGGAAAGGUCGCUGAAAUUCGACAGGGAUCGGUUGAUUUACCGAGAACGUCAUUGCCCAGUCGCCGGCGAGAUUCUUAAAUGCCGGAUUCCGGCGCCGGCAAACUACAAGGUUCCGUUCCGGUGGCCGGAGAGCCGGGAUUUCGCUUGGUUUUCGAAUGUUCCGCAUAAGGAAUUAACGGUGGAGAAGAAGAAUCAGAAUUGGGUUCGGUACGAGAAAGACCGGUUCAGAUUCCCAGGCGGCGGCACCAUGUUCCCUCACGGCGCCGACGCCUACAUCGACGAUAUCGGAAAACUGAUCAAUCUCGCCGACGGGUCAAUCAGAACCGCCGUGGACACCGGCUGUGGGGUACGUAACGAUUUUUUAACUAAUUUUUUUGAACCGGCCGGUCCAACUCAAAUUCAUUGA